GUCUUAACAGCACUGUUGGUGACGCAACAUCCAUUUUUACAUAAACAAAAACCGGAGUGUGUUGUGCGCGCCUCAUCAACCAACGCGAUAAGUCAUCGCAAAAUUUCAAAAUUUCCAUCAGUUUUUUUGUGAUUUUGGGCGCUUUUUUCUUUCUUUUAUUUUAUAUCGCCCUAAACAGCACAUAUCAAGAUUCUUUAUAAAGUGAGAUAAAAUUCGAUUAAAUAAACAGUUUAUCUUUCUGAAAUUAACGAAAGGAAUAUCAAAAUCAGCGGCUAAACAAAUCCAAAGCAUAAACAAAAUCGUACCAAAGUGAACAGAAGAAAAAACAACAUGCGAAGAUGAAAUAAAAUUCGUUAAUAUUUAUAAAGAAAUAGUCGUUGAAUGGUUAAGCCAAAAGUGUUUUUAUAUGGAAAACCGGUUUUUGUUUCUCAGUGAUCAACAACGUAUGUUGAAAACGGUUCACAUAUCGCUCUAUUGGUGUUUGAUUCGAAUGAAUGCUUAUUUUGCAUUUUUUUCUCUCUCUCUUUCUGCUGUGCCGUGUUAAUGUAGUUGUGCUGCACUUCAUGCACAUUCCAUUCGUGCAGUUUAUCGGUUUUCUAUAUCGACCCACUAACAUCGAAAACACACACGUUACUCACUUUCAACGGAUUUACUGACCAAAAUCACUUAAUUUCAUUAAAACACAAAAGCUAAUGACCAAGAUGCCGACACAUAAUUGGACCUUACGGUGUGACCGGAGAAAAUAGUUCAUGUGAAUUCCAACGAAACAAGUAAAAGUGAACAAAUGUUUCCGCUCAUUAAUGAAAUGUGAAAUGAAACAAAUGUGAGGGUGGGAGAGAGAAAUAAAGUAUGCUAGAGGAUGAGAGAGAGAAAAAUGAAGCAUUGAGAUGUCAAUUGCUUGAAAACUUCAAGUUGAAGCACAUUUAAUUCGAACUGAUUAUCCUGAUGAUGAUCCGAAUUGAUUAAGAGGAUGCCAACUUAACCAAGAAUUGAUAGAAUGAAUCAUUUCUGUUCACGCCUUGUGCAUUCGUGACUUAUGCUCGAAAGGGGGAUUAUCACCGAAAUGUUGAAAAUGUGAAAAUAUUUGUCUCAUAAAAAAUGCAAAUGUUUCAAACUAGGGGCUAGGAACAAGUUGUGAGAUUCACAUAGAUUCGCAUAUAUUCAUGCGUUCGUGGCUUUAUUAUUGUUGUUGUACACUCAUUGCGCUGCGAAUGUCUCGUAUACACAGUCACACGAAUUCACAAAUAUUCGUACGGAUUCGUCUCAAGCGCUUGUGUUCUUACCCCCUAGGUUUCAAAUUAAAUUCAUUUUUCAUUCCGAAGAGAUAAACAAAAUCCUUAAUCUUUUUGUGAAAAUCACAAAAACAAUAUUCUGAACCAAUAUUUGAGAUUCUUUUUUGUUUCGCCAUUUGGGUGUGAGUUUGUUGUGAAUUUAGAGUGGGUAUUUUGAGCGCGGUAAAUUAGCAACGAGCCUAAAAUUAUGUGCCGGUGUGAGGUGAAUCGAUAACGCGCCGGUCAUUCUCUUAAUUAAGUAGCGUCUGCUUUGCCGUUGCUUGGACCAAAAACCACAUCACUUCGAUUCAAAGUAUCCACAAAUAUAAACAAUGUGACAAAUUGUAUCAAUGAAUUGGUAUGAUUUAAGCGUUGUGAUGCGAUUCGACGGGGCAUUUGAUGAGUUUUCAUGCUUCGAUGGAAAUGGACGCCUUCGCACUUUCGCUGAAAUCAUUUCAUUUAACACGUUGCUGUCCAAUGUUGUUUAGUCGUUAAUCACAAUGAUGUCGGAUUAAUUGCUACAUCUGUAAUUUCGUGAUCCCGGUGUUAGGCGCUUAGGCGUCAAAAAAUAGAGUAUCGACAGUAUUGCAUGGGAAAAACAGUGAAAACAUGAUGAUUGUGCAAAUAUAUACGUGGAAUUCGUGACUAAAUUCGCCGGCACAAGCAAAAUUGUGUUCGAUUCGGCGGUCAAAUGGUGUGUGUUGUUUAUUUGCCAACCGAUUUCGAGACAAUGCGAUGUUAUUUUUGAAAACGGUUCUAACGCGUUGCAACGUAUUUUGAGCGUAGAACACGAUAAAAACGACCAAGAAAAAAACUCGGAUGUCGUCACAACCGUAACGUCGUUGUUAUUAUAUCAACACACUUAUUUAUGAGCGUUUAGUGUGAAAAAUCCGCGGUACAUCGAUAUUUUACUCUUUCUCUCUCUCUCUCUUCCUCUUUCCCAAUGUGAUGAGUGUGUCGCACAUUUUUAGCACUACAUGAAAUGUAGAGCUACUAAUCUGCUUUUUUUUGUCUAGAUACUUUUUGAGUGUUGAAACAAAUUAUGGUGAAUUUGAAUUUUAUGCUCAUAUUUUUUGUUUAAUUUAAAACAGUGGCAGUAACGACAAAUAGGUGCAUAAUAUCUCAAAGCGCCAAUCAAAUUUUUAUUAUCAAAUGUUGUUUAAAAAUUACAUUAAUUUUUCGUAUAAUAUUUUCUGUGUCUUGAACAGAAUUAAAGUGAUUUUAGAUUCAAUGCUCAUAUUUUUUAUUUAAUAACCAAAGGCAGUAUAUUUCAAAAAGGAAAUAAAACCAAGAUCUUGUAAUUCAUUUUGCAAAUAAAUAUAUUACUUCAAAGUUACUUUGAUGAAAUACAUUUCAUGUAGUGCGCCAAAAAUUAGUUUGUUGUGAAACAACAAAAUAGAUUAAGUAACUAAAAACUCAAGAACGCAUAGCGGAGCGAAGCGAAGCUCUGCGGUCUUGUUUGACUUCGACCGAAAUCAUGAGCAAUUUAAAUUGUUGUGGCUUAAUAGAUAGGAAUGUUUCGUUGCUUUUCGCGUGCUCCAAUGGUUUUUUUCGUCGAAAAUUCCCUCUUGUUGGCGCUGUGCCCGUAUUUGAUUGUGAACGGAUGAAUACAUCAUUGAUUCGAAUUUAUUUCGUACGCGGCAUGGUCAAGCGCGCGAGCGUAUACGAGUGUGUGUGUGUGUGUUUGAAGUGCGGCGAAAAAACAUUCAAACAAUCAGUUCAUUUGAUAAAUUCAUUCGGGAACGAUGCGAACGCAUCUCGGCGCAAAUUUCUGUCGAAUAACGCCGUUUUUUUCUCUCUCUUUGAAUUCGCGAAAAUCUAGAUUGCGUCAAGUGCAGUGUUUGCGAAAAAAAUGAAUAAUGUGAUGUGUUUUCAACAAAGUUGAAUGUGAGACACGAACAGUAGAAAAAAUACAUUGUGACAAUUAAAUUCAAGUGUAAAGCGAUAAACAAGUUCGACGUUGAAAGUGAUGGCUCGAUUAAGUAGGAAACAACAACAAGACAAACGUGAGCUACUUUCGAGCUUGAAUCAUGUGAAUAAUAGCAUCGGUUCAAAGCAUGCGGUUGAAAAUCAGGCUUUCCAAUAUUCGGAAUCAAAUGGUACAAAAGGAAACGAUGAAACAGAUAUGGUAUUUUUGAAGGGAAUCUUAGACAGUCCAGCCGUUACACAAAGGUUCAAAACUCCAGAUAAGUUCCACGAGGAGAUAGAAUUAAAGCCAAUUCAAUUGGACAAUAGAAGUCUUUGCCGUAGUCUUGCGCAACGAUUGAGUCGAGCUCGAAACACUGAUGCCCGCGAACUAUCCCGACUAUUGAGUAAAACCCAUUUUAAAGCGUUAAUCGAAACACACGACGAAGUUGGAGCACGAGCUCUAGAGUCGCGUCCACCAAUCGACCCACGAAAAGUAUUAUCUAAGGAAUUUAUUGAAGCAACCGAAUACGGAAUGCCGGGAGCUGAAACCAUUCGAAUGGUCGGUCUUCGACGAAAGCCAAACGAAUCACUUGGCAUGACCGUCGAAGUCGAUGAACACAAGCAAUUGGUAGUGGCACGAAUUUUAGCCGGAGGAAUGAUUGAUCGUCAAGCGUUGCUUCGGCCGGGCGAUGUCAUUUUGGAGGUGAAUGGCGUACAAGUUUCAUCACCUGAAGCAUUGCAAGAUCAAAUUAUGCUGGCCAAAGAGUCGAUUACCCUGAAGAUUGGACCGAGCGUUGAUGAAGAGAUGAAAUCCGGCAGACUCAUGAUGUCUGGUGGUCAGUGUUACAUGAGGGCAUUGUUUGAAUAUGAACCAGAGGAAGAUACCCUAUUGCCAUGCAAAGAAAUCGGCUUACCUUUCCAAUAUGGUGACAUUUUGCAAAUUAUCAAUGUAAAAGAUCCGAAUUGGUGGCAAGCCAAGCAUAUUGGUCAAAAUGAAGUGACCGGUUUGAUUCCAUCGCAAGAGUUGGAAGAGCGGCGAAAGGCAUUCGUUCCACCCGAAGCCGAUUACGUCCAUUCGAUUAGUAUUUGUGGAACAAAGAUUUCGAAAAGAAAGUUAAAGAAAUUGUACAAAACGAAGGAGAAUGCCGAGUAUGACAAAGCCGAUUUGGUUCUGUAUGAAGAGGUGACGCGUAUGCCACCAUUCAAGCGAAAGACAUUGGUUUUGGUUGGUGUACAAGGAGUGGGUCGACGAACGCUCAAAAAUCGCUUGAUAAAUAGCGAUCAAACCAAAUUUGGCUCCAUUAUUCCACACACUUCCCGUCCACCGCGCGUUCUCGAAGAAAAUGGCAAGAAUUAUUGGUUUAUGGACCGUGAAAAUAUGGAACGUGAGAUCAGUGAGAAUAACUUUUUGGAAUAUGGUGAAUACAAUGGCAAUUUGUACGGAACACAUUUGGAUUCCAUUCGAGAUAUCAUCAAACAAGGUAAAAUGUGCGUUUUGGACUGUGCACCAGGUGCAUUGAAAAUGCUUCACAACAGCACCGAGUUCAUGCCAUAUGUCAUUUUCAUUGCUGCUCCCGGAAUGGAACAGUUGAAGCAACUCUAUGCUGAACGCAGAGUCACCGGUGGUUCUCAACGCAAUUUAGCGUUUGACCGACAAAGUUCAAUCAGAUACAGUUCACGACGAGCACGUACACUUGAAUCCUUGGCUUCCUUAUACGAGGACGAUGAUUUGAUAACCACAGUGGAGGAGAGUGCGUUGCUUCAACGAAAAUACGAAAAGUAUUUGGAUAUGGUGAUUGUAAAUGAGGAUUUCGACAUCACAUUCAGAAAAGUGAUUGAAGCGCUGGAAGCUCUAAGUCACGAACAUCAAUGGGUCCCUGUCAAUUGGAUCUACUAAGUCGCUGCAAUUGCUCAGCUCAAUGCGAAACAAAACAAAAAUCAUCGAUUCAUUUUUUUUCACAACACGAAGUAUUCUUUAUUAGUUUAUUCAGAAAAGACAUGGGCGUGUGUGCACAAAGUGCAACGAGAUAAAGGAAGGAAUGUCAUGCAUUUACUGCCCGAUUCACAUACAAAACGUACGAAUUAAAUGUUAAGCGGAAUGCAAUAUUUAAAUUACGAUGCCUGGCGCAAUGUGUUCAACACACAAGCGAUUGGAAUCAGUCAAAAGUUACAAAUUUACCGAGCCAGACGAAAGAACAGAAAAGAAACGUAGUCGUAGAAAAGAAAUGUGCACUAACUAUUUUAUUGAUAUCAUUUUGGUUUUCGAAAAUUCAUAUAUUUUUUUUCAUUUUGGAUUCUUUCAAAAAGAUCAAAAUUCUUUUUCUCUUCUGUUCUUUUUAAUAUUAUAUAUCGAAUCGUUUCUUUAUGUCAGAGCAAUCGUUUUUGUUUCAUUUUAUAUUCGUUGUAUAGAAUUUCUUUCAUUAAUUUUAUUUACUGUGUUGUUAGCGGUAUAGAAAAACAAAUUGCGUCCAUUUUAAAACAUAAAAUCUCAUUGUUGUAAAACACAUUUGUAAAUUAGAAUUUAAGUCGACAACAACAAAAAACCGUACCAUAGUUUUUACUAGAAGAAUCACAUUUAUAUCCGAUUUUCUGCUCAUUGAUAUUGUUUUUUCGUCCUUUUUCAAAUCAUCAUUGGAAGAAAUUUCUUUUUUUUUCGAACUUUUAUACAACAAAAAAUAUAAUUUACGAUUAUAUAUGAAGAGAGAACUUUAGUUCAAAAAGCCAAUAUAUAUCAUGUAGAAUGUAUAUUGCGAGAAUCAUUCGAAAGUAUGUAUUUGAUACAUGGAAAAAUAAAAUUGAUGUUCGCAACGAAAA